AAGUGCAUUCGUUCAGUAACGAAGGCGUAAUACAUUAUUAAACCGAUACCGGGACACAAUGUUUAUCGUUACAGUUUAUCGGCUUCCCGAGUGACGCGUCAGUAGAUUAUUAUAUAUGUUCUAUGAAAGCGUUUAAAACCGGACAUAUACGUCAACAUGUCUUUCUUUGUAGAUUCUGUAAUCAUGUUUACUUCCCAGUUGCUGUUUUUCGGAUUUGGUUGGCUGUUUUUUAUGCGGCAGUUAUUUAAAGAUUAUGAGGUGCGACAAUAUGUGGUGCAAGUGGUUUUCUCGGUUAUGUUUGCAUUCUCCUGCACAAUGUUUGAACUCAUUAUCUUUGAAAUCCUUGGAGCAUUAAGUAGCACGUCCAGAUAUUUUCACUGGAAGCUGAAUUUGUAUGUUAUACUGCUGGUUCUAAUCUUUGUAGUGCCUUUCUACAUUGGCUACUUUGUGGUCAGCAAUAUACGUUUGUUGCACAGACAGAGGUUGUUAUUUGCGUGUGUUGUUUGGUUCACGUUCAUGUAUUUUUUCUGGAAACUUGGAGACCCUUUUCCCAUAUUAAGUCCAAAACAUGGUAUUCUGUCUAUAGAGCAGCUCAUCAGCCGUGUCGGGGUAAUUGGGGUAACACUGAUGGCUCUGCUGUCCGGAUUUGGUGCUGUGAACUGCCCCUACACAUAUAUGUCUUAUUUUUUGAGGAAUGUAACAGACAGUGACAUUCUGGCCCUGGAGAGACGGCUGCUUCAGACCAUGGACAUGAUUGUCAGUAAAAAGAAAAGAAUUGCCAUGACGAGGAGGCAGAUGUACCAUAGAGGAGAGGACCAAAACAAACAGACUGGAUUCUGGGGGAUGCUCAAGAGUGUCACUUCCUCUCCUUCAGGCAGUGAGAAUCUGUCUCAGAUCCAGCAUGAGGUAGAUGCUCUAGAGGAGCUCAGUAGACAGCUCUUCCUGGAGACAGUAGACCUGCAGGCUACCAAGGAGCGGAUAGAAUACUCAAAGACGUUUCAAGGAAAAUACUUCAACUUUUUGGGCUACUUCUUCUCUAUUUAUUGUGUGUGGAAGAUAUUCAUGGCCACCAUCAACAUAGUCUUUGACCGUGUGGGGAAGACUGACCCAGUGACGAGAGGGAUUGAGAUCACUGUCAACUACUUGGGAAUUCAGUUUGAUGUCAAAUUCUGGUCUCAGCACAUUUCUUUUAUCCUGGUUGGAAUCAUCAUCGUCACUUCCAUCCGAGGCCUUUUAAUCACUCUCACUAAGUUCUUCUAUGCCAUCUCCAGCAGCAAGUCAUCCAAUGUGAUCGUGUUGGUCCUGGCCCAGAUCAUGGGGAUGUAUUUUGUGUCUUCUGUGUUGCUCAUGCGCAUGAGUAUGCCCCUGGAAUACCGCACCAUCGUAACAGAGGUCCUCGGAGAGCUGCAGUUCAACUUCUACCACCGCUGGUUUGAUGUAAUCUUCCUCGUCAGUGCCCUGUCCAGCAUCCUCUUCCUCUACCUGGCACACAAGCAGGCACCUGAGAAGCACAUGGCCAUGUGACCUACUGAGUGAGCUUAUCCGAGGGAUAAGGACUGAAGUGUUUCGCUGCUUUUUCCUUCUGUUUCUUUUUUUUAAUUCUAGCAGGACUGAAUUUCCUGAAUCAGGAAGAGACUAAAUGCUUAUGGUUUGGUUUGAAGGCAAUGGGUAUUUAGUUGAUUAGUCAAAUUCUAUUGCAGUUAAUGGCCCAUGGUGGUAUUUUAAUAGACGUUUUUCACAAAAAAGACGAAAAAGUGUUGUUGUUUUUUUUUUUGUUUUUGUUUUUGUUUUUGCCUUGUCUUUGUUUAUUGGACCAGACAUACAGUCAGCAUUGCUAGCAACACAGUCCUGGUGGGUUUGUCACUAUAAAUUCAUUGAUAAUUCAGUUUCUGUGCAUCAUCAUAUGACCCAAAAGACAUCGGAUUUGUCCAUGUGAAAAUUUCCAUGCAAUAAAUAAACAUCUUGUUUUUUUUUUAGAACAUAACCACAAAA